GAAGUGAAGUCGAAUAACUGAGAUUUUCAGAAAAAGAGAAGAAACCUUUUCUUGUGAGCUCUAUUUCUGAUCGAAGACAAGACAUGGUAUAAGAGCCAUUUGCUAAUAAAUAGGAUUUAGAAAAGCUGCUAAUGGCAAGAAGAGGAAGUGGACCUAUAUAUGAUCCCCUUGGUACCCCUUACUUUCUUUACAACCAAAAUUAUGGAAUAGAAAUCUUAACAAAGCUGAAUGCUCUGCGUCAUGAAGCAACAUUUACAGAUGCCAUUUUGUGUGUUGGACAUGAAGAAUUUCCUUGCCAUAAGAAUGUGUUGUCAGUUAGUAGUCCGUAUUUUCGAGCCAUGUUUACGAGUGAGUUGAAGGAAAGUCGUGAAACUAGAAUAUGUUUUAACGAAGUCUCGCCAUGGACGUUAAAAAGAAUUAUCGACUAUGCCUACAGCGGGCGUCUUGAAAUCAAUCAAGAUAAUGCCCAAGAAAUGUUAUCUGCUGGAAACCUGUUUGAAUAUCCAGACAUUGUUGAAGCUUGUUGUUCAUUUUUAAAACGGCAGCUACACUCCUCUAACUGCUUAGGCAUCGAAUACUUUGCACAUAUCCAUUCUUGUCAAAAAUUAGAAAACGAAGCUCAUGAAUAUGCUUUGGAGAAUUUCAGUAUUGUGAUAGAUUCUGACGAGUUUUUAGAUCUCCCGUUAGACAGGGUAAUACAGUAUAUCUCUAAUGACCAUAUCGACGUUCGAAACGAAGAAACAGUAUAUCAUGCCAUCAGGAGAUGGUUGAACUACGAUUCUGAUGAACGAAAACCAUUUCUACCUCAACUUUUAGAACAGGUUCGCCUACCAAUAAUGGGCUUACAGAAUCUACGGUUAUUAGAAUCUGAUCAGUUAUUACAAGGUUGUCAUAAAGGUCUACAAAUGAUAAAAGAAGCCCAGAAAAAUCACCAGAUUUCCAAUGAGCGACCUGAACAUAGACGUAGUAGUUUACCCGCCAUUAUUCAUCCCCGACCUUCAACGGUAGCUAAAGAAGUCAUCAUCGUCAUUAGUGGUAUCAAUUCCUAUAUAACUCCCUCCGUAGAAAUGUAUGACACCCAAAAAGAUCGCUGGUUUAUCUUACCAGACCUUCCACGCUUAGUCUCCUGGUUUUCUGUAUGUACAGUGGCUAAUAGUAUCUUAAUUAUGGGUGGUAUUUGUGACGGACAUGUUGUGGACACGGUUUGGAAAUUUGAUGUAGUCUUACGCCAGUGGACUGAAGUUGCACGUAUGCCAGAAAGGAGAGCAAGACAUGCUUGUGCAGUAUUACAUGAUAAAGUGUAUGUCUGUGGUGGAGUGAAAGGAGAUGGUAAUCAAUUAGUAGAAUCUAUAGAUUGUUAUGAUAUUUAUAAUAAUUCCUGGUCAAAAGCUGGACAGUCUGAAAAUCCUAGAAAACAGGCUCGUAUUGUUCCUUAUAAAAAUUCACUGCUUGAGAUUGGAGGUAUACAGGGGGAGGCUAAGGUAAAUACCAUAGACACUUAUAUUUGUACUGGUGAUAAACUUAAACAUUCAGGUGAACAAUAUCUCUUGCCAUCACGAAUCGAAUUUGCUCAAAUCCUUGUUUUAAAUGGAAUUUUUUAUAUUAUUUGGGAGGACACCAAGAAAAUGCUGGCUCUUGACCCUCUUAAAAGAACGUUUCAACCACUACCAGAUAUGAAUUGUUCACGAAUUCAUUGUGCAACCACAGUUUUAAAUGGUAAAUUAUAUGUUUCCGGAGGCCUUAUUGAUUCGAAACCAACGAGACUUGUGGAAAGCUUUGAUCCUGUUUUAAAAAGGUGGAAGAAAGAGAGAUCCAUGUCAGAAAAAAGAGCAUAUCAUGGCUGUCUUACUUUACAAAUGUGCUGAUUUAUAUUUGAUUUGUUCGCUGGUCUAAGCUUAUAUAUAUAUAGUUCUCUGAUACUUAGUUGUACCUUAUCAUAAGAUAUGCUUACAUUUUUUUAUUAAAUCUACUGGCUCGUGAAGCAUUAGAGUUGCAGACAAUUUUUUGUUGAUGACUUUUUGCAAUUACAAAUGUAAAUCUAAAUUGUGUUAUGUAUCAAUGUAGUCAUAUAAAAGGUAUUGAAUUAUAUCAGACUGCUGAAAUUAUAAUAAUUAUAUAUUAUAGGUAUUAAGGUUUAUAACUGUAUACUGUCUUUAUUAUAAGUCCUAUCACAGGCCUGAAAAUCAUGUACAUGUAGUUAGAUUUAGAAAUGGAUAUCACAACUUAAAUAGAUAUAAUCAUUCAAGUUUAUUGAAUUAAUUCAUUAUGUUUAACUACCAAUGUUUUAAUGCUAAUGAUUAUCUGCAUGGGGUCGUUCGCUUAGUGAGUUCUACAGGUGCGAGAUUCACAAAGUCAAUCAGAUGUUGAAUAAAAAGAGUUGGAAAGCAAUAUGUGAACAAACAGAACCUGUUCAGAACUCCCCAAUCAAGAGCCACCCAUGUUAGAAUGUGAAUUGAUGACAACCUGCACUUUCACAGUUGAUUUUCUCUUGAAUUGUAGAAGAGCCAGAUGUCUGAUUUUAAUUCUGGAAAGUUAUUGGUCCUACUGUUAGCUAAAAU